AUGAGUGUCUGGAACCCUCUGAGACUGCGGGACCUGGCAGGAAUGAGCCUGCUAAAGGACGAGGCUUUGGCCAUCACUGCUCUGGAGUAUCUGCCCACGGAGCUCUUCCCCCCACUGUUCAUGGAGGCCUUCUAUGGGAGUCACAGGGAGACCCUGAAGGCCAUGGUGCAAGCCUGGCCCUUUGGCCGCCUGCCCCUGGGAGGCCUGAUGCAAUUUCCUCAUGCAAGAGCCUUACAAGCCGUGCUGGAUGGGCUGGAUGUCCUGCUUGCCCAGAGGGUUCACCCCAGGAGGUGCAAACUGCGGGUGCUGGAUUUGAGGAAUACUAGCCAUGACUUCUGGAGCAUGUGGUCUGGAGCCAGGGCCCCCAUGUGCUCAAGGAUGCUGAAGGCACCGGUGGCUGAGGACAGGUCAAGGGCAGAGCAUCCCUUGGCCCCCAUGGAAAUAUUCAUUGAUCUCUGCCUCAGUGAGAAGACCCUGGAUGGAUUCCUCUCUUACUUCAUGAGCUGGGUGGAAGAGAGACUACUCUCAAUACACCUGUGCUGUAAGAAGCUGAGGGUGCUUUCAAUGGACAAGAAAAACAUUCAGGUUCUGCGUAUGGUGCGGCUGGACUGUAUCCAGGAGGUGGAAGUGAGUUGCACCUGGCCGCUGUCCACCCUGGCCACGUUUGCCCCUCUCCUGGGUCAGAUGAGCAACAUGCAGAGGCUUCUUGUCUCUCGUGUCCACGUAUCUGCGCCUGAGGAGCAGGAGCAGCAUUGCCUCCAGUUUACCUCUCAGUUCCUCAGGCUGCAGCACCUCCGGGAUCUCCAUCUGGAAGCUCCCUCCUUCCUUGAAGGCCGCCUGGACCAGAUGCUCAGGUGCCUGAUGAGCCCCUUGGAGAACCUGGCAAUAACCAACUGCCUGCUUACAGAAUCAGACGUGACCCACCUGUCCCAGUGCCCCAGCAUCAGUCAGCUAAAGGGCCUGGAUCUGAGUGGCAUCACCCUGACUCACUUCAGUCCUUACAUCCUGCAGGUUCUGCUGGAGAAAGUUGCAUCCACCCUGCAGGAACUGUACUUGGAGAAGUGUGGGAUCGUGGACCCCCAGCUGGAGGCCAUCCUGCCUGCCCUGAGCCACUGCUCAGCGCUCACCUCCUUCAGCGUGAGGGGGAACCUCCUCUCCCUGGCCAUCGUGCAGAAGGUGCUGGGCUGCACCACAGGACUGCCCGGUUUAUGCCAAGAGCUCUACCCUCCCCCUCGGGAGAGUUACAGCUCUCUGGGUACCCUUCUUCCAGGGAGACUCGCCCAGGUUCGGGCUGAGUUGUUAGAGAGCCUGAGAGCCUUAGGACGACCCAGGACCAUCUGGAUUAGCUACAGCCCCUGUCCUCACUGUGGAAAUGACGCAUUCAAACAUGCAGAGCGCAUUGUGUACAGCUGA